GUUUAUUUAUAAGUAGGUGCAUUGUUUUAUACACGUGAUUAGUACACUUUUUAAUUUAAUAUGUUAGGGAUGUUAAAUUUGAUGUGAAAGAUGUCGUUCUUAACAGAAUAUUUCGAUGAAUAUCGUCAGCACCCGAUUAAGAAAACGAAAAUAUGUCGCCCGGAGGAGAGAUGGGCGAAAUUGGAAGGGAAUUGGAUGGACCCGAGAGGCGGCACUCAGGAUAGAGAAUGGACGGAUGAGGAAAUCGAGAAUUUCAUAAAGACAACAAUGAAGAGCCUUCGCGGACAAUCCACUUAUUACAAUGAUUACUGCGCGCACUUAUCGCCAGAAUUCAAAACUCGUCCAUUCAAACCGCGCGAUAAGAAACUCAAACCUUGCGCGCUAAAAGGCGACCAGGUGGUGGAAGCUAUACCAGAGUUAGGUCCGAAGCUGGCCAUCAAGGACACGGAGCUGAUGAAACUUGCAAAGGAGAUUUAUGAACGGAACAUGGACGAACCGACUCUAGAGACGCUGCCCACUCAUCUUAGAAUUCUGGGAUACGUCCGUCCCUGUCUGUACCGGACGGGAUUGAGCGACUACCAGGGCGGCGUGGCGCGGCUGGCCUACGAGCUGGUCCGCGACGACCGCAUCCCGCGCUACCGGGCGCACAACGGGUGCCGGCCGCGCUGGGGCCUGCCGCCCGACGGUACCAGGCAACCAGAGCUAGACGGAGCUCCCUUCGACGGAGAGAGACUGUUUUAAAGCAAGCGUCAUUCUGAUUUAUCCCACGUUUUAUA